AUGGAACAACUGAAAGUGUCGACGGUAGAAAAUGUCACUUUGAGUCGUAGAGGUUAUUGCAUUUCAGGUACAUUGAUUUUAUCCCCUUAUCAUCUUGUAUUUAGUUUUUUUCCAAGCACAUCUGGAGACUCUUCAAAUCCAAAAGAAAUAUGGUUUUGUUAUCCAAUAAUUGAUAAAAUAUCCAAGGCUAGAGGAUCAUCGUGGAUAGAUAGCAUUAAUAACAAUAAUAACUCACCAUUUGGUAGUAAUAAUGAAAGUUCGCCAAAACCACCGCUGUAUCUGGACGAGAAUUUCGAUCAUUAUAGUGCUUCUCAUAUACGUAUACAAUGCAAAGAUUUCACAUACUAUUCGUUUGACUUUGUUAAUGAUUCCACAUGUGCAGAGGUAUUUCUGAAGUUGAGCAAUUUAAUUACAACACCUAAAACGAAAAAUGAUAUAAGAGCUUUUUAUGCCUUUGAUUACAAACCUAACACAUUGGAACAAAACUUGGAAACUAGAGGUUGGUACAUAUAUGACCCAAUUGCAGAAUACAAGAGACAGGGAUUGGUUUCUGAAAAUGAAGCCUUCUGGAGAAUUUCAAGAAUCAAUGAUGAUUAUAAAUAUUGUCUGUCAUAUCCAAACCUUCUUGUCGUACCGUCUACGAUAUCUGACAAUGUUCUAAAGCACGCAGGUAAAUUUAGAUCAAAGCUGAGAAUACCGUCUAUUGUAUAUAGACAUAGAGCCAGUAUAAAUGGUAAUGUGAUUGCAAGAUGUUCCCAACCAUUAGUUGGUUUGAAUCUACAGAAUAGAUCAAUUCAAGAUGAGAAGCUUAUAGGGGAAAUUUUUAAAUGUCAAGAGAGAGAGAGAUUUGACUCCUUAUCUACUGAAGAUGUUUUACAAAGCCAACCUCAAAGAAAUUUGAUUGUUGAUUUAAGGCCCAUUACAAAUGCAAUGGCACAACAUGCCUUAGGUGCUGGGACAGAGAAUAUAGAUAAUUACCGUGCCAGUAGGUCCAAGAAAAAUUCGAAAGAUAAAGAGCAAGCCACCAAUGAUGAUGAAAGCACCCUGCGACAAGUAGACAAGAUAUUUUGUAACAUUGACAAUAUCCAUGUCAUGAGAGAUUCAUUAAACAAACUCACGUUCAUUUUGAACGAGUUGGAUAAGUAUCCUGUGUCCUCAAAUACCGAUGGGCGAUCUGCAUUUCCGCUACUUCAGCAUUCUCUUACAAAAACUCAGUGGUUGCAUCGACUCUCUAUAAUUUUGCAAUCCGUUGACCGCAUAACAAAAUCUAUUCACUUAAAUAAUACUAAUGUUGUCAUUCAUUGUUCGGAUGGAUGGGAUCGUACAUCACAAGUAUCUGCGUUGCUGCAGUUGUGUCUUGAUCCUUACUACAGAACGAUGAAAGGAUUUAUGGUGCUUAUUGAAAAGGAAUGGGUAAGUUUUGGAUUUAAAUUUUUCACCAGGGCAGACCACGGUGGCUGCAUUGGUGCUACUAUACAGAAGCAACAGCAACAGGAAUUAUACCAAAAUACAUCACUGUCGCUGCCAUCAUUAGAAAGUUCUGAAACAAAUGAAAGCUCUGUAAUUGGUAUUAGCAAUACAGGGAAAACCGUUACCUCCUUUUUGCAAAGAGCUGCAAAUCAUAUAAAGAAUACUGCUUCUGCAGCAUCCUCGCAGUCUAACUUAGACAUAGAUGGCCCCGAGAAUGGUAAGUCUGUUUCAUCCACAUUCCCGUAUGCUGGGAGUAACGAGAAAUCUCCAAUUUUCCACCAGUUCUUGGAUUGUGUCUACCAAUUGUACCGUCAGAACCCUUCAGUCUUUGAAUUUAACAGUAGAUUUUUGAAGCGCUUGUUUUAUCAUUAUUAUUCUUGUCAAUAUGGAUCAUUCUUAUGUGAUAGUGAAAGAGAAUCGGAAAUCAAUAAAGUCAGUAAAUCCACUGUCUCUGUGUGGGAUUAUUUCAACUCAAGACCAGCUGAGUUUAUAAAUAAACUGUACUCUCCGGAAUCAGAUGGUCUGCAAGAUGAUGGUGUAUUAUUCUUUAAUUUCACUGACAUCAAAUGGUGGUACGAGCUUUAUGGUAGGUCUGAUGAAGAAAUGAACGGCUUAUCUAAUUCCUUGGAUCGUAAAUUUGCCCAAAUGAACUUAUCUAAUACUACAAAGGGUACUGCUGGUGAUAAAUAG